AAGAAAAAUAGAACCGCAACUUGGACUCAAAACAAACCCACAACACAAGUUGUGUGGUUUUUUUUUUCUUUCCAUUUUGCAAGUUGUGGUUUUCAAUUCAAACAACAAAAAAUAAAACCAGCCAGCCAAAAACAUUCUGGCUAAACCAUGCCCCACAAAAAUCCUUUGCUUUUAGGAACCUUUUACUACCGAUCAUUAUCAUUUUCAUCAUCCAUUCAAUCCAACACCCUAAGAAACCAUGAUAUGCCAACAUUAUCCAUGUUGAACAAAAAACAUGGAAAUUUCUCGAUGAUGAUAAAUCUUGUUUUGGGGUUUACAAACUUUGUUUCUUUUAUUGAAUUGUAGAAACAAGAUUGAAUUUUUAGCUUUCAUAUGGAUUGGCGUUUGAAAUAAAACCUCUGGUGCGUUUUUUUUUUUCAUCAUAUACUCCACGACCCUUUAGCUAUAAAGCACAGAUACUACUCGGAUUAAACAUGUGUUCUGGUGUCAGACACACGCCGACACAUAUGGUUAUGUUGAAUAAUGGAAUCAAUUUACUUACAACCGCGCUGAUGUUGAUAGGCUACAUGGUUUUUUUUGAGAUUGAGAGUAUAGUUGAAACUUGAAAUGUGAAGUAGGAGAUGAAUACACUUAAGAUGGUGAUGAUAAAAGUUAGUAUAGUCAAGAAUGCGAUUCGAUUUUGAAAUUUUGGAAGAAAUCUAAUCUACACCUAAAAUUGAAAUGGGGUUGCCACAGGUAUCUUCAGCUUGCCUUGCUGAGGAGGUGACACCUACUUCUAGGACUAUAGGUUUUCAAUUAAGAACAUUAGCUCCUCGCGUUGAUUGGUUUGGUGAAAAUGGAUAUUCGCCAACUGGAGUAUCCGAGUCUCACGUCAAAAAGCGAUUAUUGCCACCUUUGAAGGUGACAUUGCCUGCAGAUCCUUUUAAAGGCGAACGCCUGGACAUUGGAAGCGAGUUUUAUCAAAGUAGUUCGGAGACUGGUGAUGAUUGUUAUAAUGCUCAGGAGACAACUCAAAAAAAGGCGUCUUCGCCUCGCUUACCUUUAUCUCCUUUGGGUAAAAAAUCAUGUACAGAUAAAAACUUCGGAGAAUGCAGAGAUUUUGAUGCUGUUUUGAAUGAUUCCAAUCUGUUUACUCCUGAUAAUAUCCUUGAUAUGAACGCGUAUUGGACUUAUCAUGCUAGCUUUCCUCCUCGGCAUGCCAAGUUAUGCGGAUCCGUGACUAGGCUGCCAAUUAGAAGGUCUCUGGUCGGUUCAUUCGAGGAGUCUCUAUUAUCCGGUCGUUUACCGUCUGAGAAAAAAAUCGAAGGCUUUCUUGCUAUGCUGAAUGUAACUGGCGGAAAUUUCUCACCUCAAUCACGAAAAAUUCCAUUUGCAGUAACCAACGUGGAUGGCGACAAAUACCUACUGUAUUAUUCAUCAAUUAAUCUUUCAGGAAAGUUACUAUCAAGCAAGACUAGAGUCACUAAAUUUCAGAGAACACUUAGCAUGGAUGAACCACGAUAUGAAAAGAGACGUAUACGUAUACCUAUAAAAGGACGUAUUCAAUUGGUUCUCAGCAAUCCAGAGAGGACACCUAUUCACACAUUCUUUUGCAAUUAUGAUUUAAAUGACAUGCCAGCUGGUACCAAGACAUUUUUGCGGCAAAAGAUCACUUUAACCUCGUCUAGAUCGACGUCUCCAACUGGAACAGAAAUCCAAACAGAUUCUGAUGCUAAUUCCAAAUCCUCGUCAAUCUCAAAUACCACUCAAACCGAUAAUAAAGAUCUUCUGACCUCAAAAUGUGGAGAGUUUGAUAGUUUUGCAUGUACUAAGGAAGAAAACUCAAGUUCAAGUACAUGCCUUGUUGAUGAAGAAAAAUUUCAAAAUGGGAAUUCUUCGAAGAUCAAUGAUAAUUCUAUUAACAAUUGCGUCAUGCUUUAUGCUCUUCACCUCCGCUUUAUGUGCACCUUGCCAAAGAAACGUUCGAGGUCUGUUCCUACACACAAAUCAGACCCUCUAUCUUCAGAAGCAAGAAAUCUUAUGGACAGCGAACAAGAAAGAAGUUUCUACUUGUAUGAUGAUAUGAGAGUAGUGUUUCCACAGCGACACUCAGAUUCUGAUGAAGGAAAGUUGCAUGUGGAUUAUCACUUCCCAUCGAAUCCGAAAUACUUUGAUAUCAGCAGCUAAAAUAUCAAUGCUUCUCUCAAGGGUUUUUGUACAUAUAAUUGUAAAUAUUGUAUGUAUGCAAUUCAUUUCUUCUUUGAAAUUUUGAGGCCAAUUACUUCCUCUAUUUUAACUUAUAAUUUGUAAAUUACAUAGUUGUUGUCCAUUCUGAAUUCUUAGUACUUACAUUCUCAAUGGUUAACUUUUUUAGCGCUUUGUAAAAUCGACAGUGAUCAAUGAUCAUGUGAACUUACCAAAUAAGAGAGCAAUCAUUUGAUUA